UCCGAGGUCCUCCGCUUUCCCAGGGUUCUCGAGCUGGGCGGUGAAGGAGAAGGAGAAGGUUGAGUUGUAUGAUGGCUGCAUACUUGACACACCAGCAGAAAGUGCUUCGGCUUUAUAAACGGGCUCUGCGCCACUUGGAGUCCUGGUGCAUCUUCAGGGACAAAUACCGUUUUUAUGCCUGCAUACUGCGAGCAAGAUUUGAUGAACACCGUGAUGAAAAAGACAUGGUCAAAGCUACUAAGCUGCUGAAAGCUGGUGAGGAAGAAUUCUGGUCGAUGCAACAUCCUCAGCUCUACAUUUUCCCUGAUUCCCCAGGGGGAACGUCCUACGAGAGAUAUGAAUGCUAUAAGACACCGGAAUUCUAUCUAGAUUAUUGGCAUCCAUCUGAGAAGGCUAUAUACCCGGAUUACUUUGCCAAACGAGAACAAUGGAAGCAGCUGCGUCUCAUGAGUUGGGAUAAAGAGAUAAAGCAGCUGCAAGAUGAAGUGGCUGACAGUCCCAAGAGUGAGCUUCUGCCUCCAGCUCGUAAAGAAGGUGACUUGCCUCCACUCUGGUGGAACAUUGUCACAAGACCCCGUGAACGGCCAACAUAGAUGCAGAUCAACUGAAGUGGAUAGUGUUGUCAACAGUAGAGCAUUUGACAGUUCACAUUUGUUUUAAAACAAGCUCAAUGAAAUUAAUAAAUAUCUAAAAUUAA